AUAUGGAGUAGCAGCGUUGAUAUUCCGCAUAACCCGCCAUCCGAUAUUGUUAUGAAGAAUCUGACCUUUCACUCCGGGCAAAACAUUAAGCUUAUCCUGUUGGAUCAGGAUGGCAAGGAGCAAGCUACCUGCACUAUUGUUAGAGAACGAAUACGUCAAGCUGGCCCCACCUAUACCAGACGUCAUCAAGGCCAGGAAGAGAAAUGUUUGGUCAUGUAG